AAUAAAUAAUUUAUUAUGUUUGAAUGUGUAUGGAGCAUGAUGAAAAACCACCCUGCUAUUAAACAAAUAAAAUAUAAAUGAAGCAGGGGUGAAUAAGGGGGUGAUAAAUCUAUGUGAAACAUUAAUACUUGGUACAAAAUGCAAUAAAUUUACCCCCUGAUUGUAAUUAACGUUAGUCAGAAGAAUUGCACAAUUUUGUUUUGAGCAGCAUGAAUCAUCAGUGCGGAAAGAAAAGCUUUAGCAAAAAGACAGAAGAAGAAAAUAUAAGGAAUGCAGUAAAAAGGUAUUUUUCAGGUUUCAACAACCCAUGAGAAAUACAAAUAAUGUUCUCACUGGUUAACUUUGCAACAAAAACGUACAUCUGUAUAUACAUCCUGUGCUGCUUACACAAAGGCACGCACCAAAGGAAGGUCACAAUUACCAGUGAUAUUGAAAAAUGGAACACGCUGAAAUGCAAUAAAAUGUUUUACCUACAAAAUCACGAGUGGCGAUCGUCACUUUGCAGCAAAAAAACAAAAAAAAGCCAAUGUUCAGCUAACUUAAUAACUGACAUAACAUUAAGGAACAUCGAAGAAGUUUAUGUCAGCGUUCUUGUCAAUACAUCUGGGGAAACACAGCCACCUAUCAUUCGAAAUAACUUUAUAAAUACCACAAUCUUGGGACGAAUCGAUUCAAAUAGUAAAAAAUACAGCAUGCAAAUGUAUAAAGAUACAUUUCUAAUAGAAGGAAACAGAUUGCAGUUAGCAUUCACAGAUUAUUUUGGUUUUUGUGGAUCCAUCUUAGGACUGUCGGUAUCAUAUUAUAAAUGUGAUAAGUCUCCCCCAAGUUUGGCGACGUAUCCUACAUCAAAAGCACCAAGUCAACAACGGAGACUUACAAACAUUACAGGAAGUUGUAUCAAACAUGCAGUGUCAAAUUCUCCAGUAUUUAAAAGUUGCAAUUGGAAAGGGCAGGUGAAAGAAUAUGGAAACUGUGUGUGUGGUGCUGGUUACGCCAAGCAAAGUAACACAUGUACAUUGUGUUUAAAAGGUUACUACAAAAACACGACACAAAACAGUCUUUGCAAAAGAUGUGGUAACAACUCGGUUAGUACCAAAGACAGACAAAAUUGUCUCUGUAAGUAUAUGCACUUUCGUGAACUUGGAAAAGAGAAGUAUUCUGGAAGUCCUUGCUACGACAUAAAACCAAAAAAUUUACAGUUUCACUCCAUCACAAGCGAAAGUGUAAAUAUCACAUGGGAAAGAUAUAACAUGCUGUUAAACCUUGGUAAUUUUUCAUACAGCAUCAAUUGUAAGAACUGUGAAAAGAACGAGGGAAACUUUCCACAUAACACAAGUACCAGUUCUAUGAGUAGCGAUAUGUUAAAGCCAGGAAAGUUAUAUUUUAUUUCUGUGACAGUGUUACAUGAAAGCGAAAAUACAAGCUUAUCAAUAACAGGUAGUUUCACAACACAACCUCUUGCUUUGAUAAAGUCAGAGAGAAAAGGUAAUCGCACCAAUGCAACAAUUAUUUUAUUCGUUAUUGUUGCAGUAGGUCUAAUUCUGUUGAGUUCUAUAAUUAUUGUGUCAUUGUACAUUAUUCAAAAGCGCAAGUCAACGGUAUUUCUUCGAAGGAUUAAUUCGUUAAAAAAGAGUCAACGUCCUCCUCUGCCUCCAACACCACAGCUUCACACAAUUUAUGUUGAUGUUGAAAAAAAAUCCAACACAGACAUCAAUCCAUAUGCAGUUUUUGUACCGAAAAAGCCAACUCCAAUACCUGAGCUAAACACAGAUGACGAAAAUUCAGAUGACGGUGCAAUGUUAUGUGUAAAAAGUCCAAGGCAACGCAAACAAAACAAACAAGGUAAUAUUUCAGAUGAUGAGGACAGAGAUGGUUAUGUUAGUAUGAACGCAAACUUGAAACUGUUCGAGAAACAAACAAAAACAAACCACUAUUCAUCGCCCAUGUCAAUGCAAAUGGCGAGAAGACAAAAUACAAACCCAAGUGAGCGCAAAAGCAGGACCCAAAGUUGUUUCUUUCAUGAGCCAACAGCUUACGAUAUAACAUUAAAACAAAUGGAACUAGCUAAACUUAACAGUAAAUACAAGCGAGCAGGAAGUAAAGAUUUUCUUGGCAUCGAUUUUUCAGUGCCAAGAAGACCUCACAGUGCAGACGAUAUAAACAAAAUAUUUCCUUAGCUUCGACUUUGUAGCAUAAGUAGUAUGUACUUUACAGAUUGUUUAUAUUUUUGUUUACUUUAAAUAAUAAAAACAUGACAUAA